AUGAUAAUUUAUGGACCUGGUUAAUUAUACUAAUCAAUUAAAUUACUUGGUUCUGGUUCGUUCGGAUCAGUUUAUUUGGUUAAAGAACUUAACACUAAAUAAGAAUACGCAUGCAAAAUUGUAUAUAUUAUGAUUUCUAUAUUUAUCAGAUAUCAAAGAAUCAUAUAUCAAAAUAUGAUGCCAGUUCUAUGAUAUAAAAUGAAAUAAGAAUUCAAGCUUCUUGCAAUCAUAAAAACAUAGUGAAACUCUAUUCUUAUUGGGAAGAUUGUACUAACAUUUAUAUUCUUCUUGAAUACUGCAGUAAAGGACAUCUUGUAGAUCCAAAAACUCCCUUUAAUGAUGAUGAUGUGUUUCAAGUAUUCCACUAAAUUCUUAGUGGUGUCAAUUAUUUACAUCAAAAUAACAUCAUUCAUAGAGAUUUGAAAGUAAUUAUAUCAUAUGUAUAUACAAGUUUGAAAAUAUUCUAAUUCAUGAAGAUGGUACUUUAAAAUUGUGUGAUUUUGGUUGGGCUGUCAAAGUUGAACAACUACCAGUUCCUAAUGUAAUGUGUGGUACUACUGAUUAUAUGCCUCCAGAAGUUGUAUCGAAAUGUUGCCUUGAUUUCAAGUUGGAUACUUGGUCGUUAGGAAUUCUUUUAUAUGUAUUUAAUUGUUAUAUCAAAGGUAUUAUUGUAUGGCAGGUUCCCUUUCAAAGGAGAUAAUCAAGACUAAUUGAUAAGAUAAAUAUUAUAUGACUAAUUGAUAAUACCUAGUAGAAAUGAUACAAAUGAAGAACUAAUUAAUUUAAUUUAGGCUUUAUUGAUCAAGAAUUCAUAAUUAAGACCUAGUAUUGAAUAAAUCUAUUUAUGCAAAUGGAUGAAAUUUAAUAUGAAAUUACACAAUAUUUUUAAUCAUUACGAAAAUGAAUAACUUAAAUUAAAAGUUAAAUAAAAAAAUAUUACUUUAAAAGUAGUUCAUAAUAAUCAAUAGUAAUAUUUAAUAAUAUUAUAAUUAGUUCCACUCCAAAUAAAAAGAUGGUAAACUCUCAUUAUUUAGAAUCUAAAAAUGAUAUUGAUCACAAACCAACUUCAUUUGGCAAAAAUCAUAAUAGUUGUAGGACAAUUAAGUCUAUAUCAACUAAUCCUUCUCCAUAAAUUCCCUCAUAAAUGGAUAAAUUUUUCAAUUUUUUAGAAAACAUUCAAAAAAUAUGA